ACCAUUUUUCACCCACCAUACACUCAAAAUACCUAUCGAGCCUAUCAUCUCACUCCUCACUCACCUACCUAGUACACUUCUAUCUAGAUCAAUCUUUUCUUCUCCCCCCACUUGGAAAAUAUUCGACUCCAUGUACUCGUUCGUACUAGGGAUUUAUUCACUAGGUACCUACUAGGUAUUCAAGGUUAUUCUCAUGCGUCAUUCUAUCUACAAGUGAAAAUGGAUCUUAUCUUAGCUCAGCCUCCAUGAAUCCAGAGAAAGAAAGAAAGAAGUGCAAGACGUUACUCUCCUAACCAGCACCAUCUUCUCAUCAAAACUAUCAUACACACUCCAAUGCAAUUGAAGUAACAAACGGCAUUUCACGAGCAGACGAAUAACGACCAUUUUACGUAUAACGCCUAACGAUCUUGUACGACAUAAUACCCAUCUCGAGAAUCGCAAUUGUGUAAAUUUUCCAUCUAAUUCUCUGGUCCACGAAGAACGAACUAUGCGACUCUACCUACUUCCCAUCUCCACGCGGCGAACCCUUAUUUACUGCCAGCGACUUAAUGUUACCACUACAAAUGAGGUUUCCUUACUAGAUAAGACAAGUGCAAAGGCGAAUAAUCUUUGGAAUAGUUGGGAGAAGAAGGAAUCAGGAUGGCAGAAGAAGGUGGUCGAUUUUGGGAACAAGGCCCUGCAAAGAAUACCAUAUGAGGAAUGGGGUUUAAAAUCCAUUCCUCCCUUGUCUAAACGAAGGCGAGCAGAAGAAUUGGGCGACAGAGAGAAAGUUGAGAUCUCAUUUCCCUCAAAUUUUCUUCCACAGGAAAACAUUUCGAAAAUCCUGCAAGUACUUGGCACAGAGAGAAGACAACUUCACAAGACGAGGUUAUGGGGUUCAAUCAUUGGAAUGCCUUUAGUUGCUCCCUUCGCGCUUGUUCCGAUUAUCCCAAAUCUACCCUUCUUCUAUCUAUGCUUUCGGGCAUAUAGUCAUUGGAAAGCGCUAGCAGGGUCUAAACACAUCGACUUCCUUUUGAAGGAAAAUCUCAUUGUACCAAAGCCAUCCAAGAUAUUAGACGAGCUGUAUCUGAGGAACAAGAUUCCGUCUCCCGACUCGAAAAGUGCGGCUGAUACACUAUCAUCAAAUUCGGAUGUAUCGGGUGUUGAGACGAUGCUACUUCAUGCUUCUGAUGGAAAGGAAAUUGCCAAAGCAUUAGACAUACCAGAAUUGCAAAUGGAGCUCGAUCGAGCAGUAUGGCAAGUAGAAAAUGAUCUGGAAGAUAAAAGGAAAAUGAGGGAGGAAAAAGACCAAUUGGCCUUGACCAAGGAGGAGGCCAAGAAAAAAUAGACAGCUUGUUGUACAUUCGUAAUACAACCGAACGUAACAUAUUAGCAAAGGGCAGUCUAGAUUAUGGGCUACCACAAGAGAAAUGACGCAUUGUAAGCAUAGCGAGCGUAUCACGCGCCCAACAAUAUAGAAAUACAAGAGACUAUUCACUACCCUUCAGAAGAAAAUCGUACCAUCAGAUCCAUUAAUCGCCGAUCAAGGCAAUUAGUUUUCUGGGUUAUCAAUUUUGGCGAUGAAUAG